AUGGCCUCGCUCAGCGGAGCAAUGAAGACGGCGCGGAAACCGCAACGAGUAUUACCUUCGGGAUGCGCAGGAUCAGGGGGGGCAGGUGCCGCUGGACCGAGCACUCAGCAAAGACCAACAACAAGUCUGUCCUCCUCUUCGCAUCUCGACGUCAGCUCCGCCUUCGCACCGCUUUCCGCCUCUACCUCCUCAGCCGCCCUUCGCCCUCUUCCUCCGAAUGUAGCCGCUACACCCAGCCGUGCACGCCGCCUCGUCACCCCUAACUCCUCUCGCGAGGCGACGGAGAGCUUCAAGGAGCCUCCGACACCCAGCACAGUCCGACCACGCACGCGCAUCGUCUCUUCCUCUUCGACUUCCGCCGGACCUGCAGCACAACAGCCGCCUUCGACUCUCUCGCGCAGUCUCUCAAAUUCGACGUCGUCCAGUACGAUACUUGACUCGCCCAGAACUGUCAGGCCAGCAACUCGGACUCUGCCAAAGCCUCCUGAGACGAGCCGCAAAUCCUCUGCUCCAGGUGCAGACGACAAGGUUCAGAAGGCGACUCUGGGAGGCCUUGGACGUCCUUCAGUGCGCGAACCGAGUGCGAGGACGAGUAGAAGGCGUUCAAGUACAGGCGGUCGAUCCGUCUCAGCCGCGUCCACCUCCUCAGUCCAGCAAACUCCGCUUCGCCAGUCCACUCGCGCGCCUUCUUCCUCCCUUACCGCCUCGCAGUCUGGUACAAAGCAAGCUCGGCCUCCAGCCGCCACGACCGCCUCGACGAACCGAACGCUUCCCGCUUCUCGCCGGCUUGGACAGGCGCAGUCCGCGAUACCCGUUGCGACAGCCUCAAUCGCAGGCGGGCGAACGCUGCGACGACCCGACUCGGCGCUGAGCGCCACCUCCACCGCAACUUUGAGGAAGGACCCGCCCAGCCGGCCAAGUUCGCGCACAGCGACGGUGUCGGACAAGGCGGCUGCAGGCCGGCCACGCGAGUCGCUCGCUGCGUCUCAGACGAGUCGGAAGAGCUCGUGGGAGACGGUGGGAUCGUCGGCACGGCCGUCACUGACGGGACGAGACGAGAUGUCGAGGCGGAUGGGCGAGGCGGAACAGAGUCGGGAGACCGACGGUGCGGGAAAGGCAGGAACAACGGGCGCCAAUACCUUCGACGACACUUCCUACGCUACACCUCGCAAGACUUCCACCGUCCCAGCACCUGGCAUGAUCCUCUCACCACCCUCGCCUGACUCCUCCUCAACCGCCGAUCUUUCCGCCGACGACCCGAACCUCUCCCACGCCUCCUUCCUCUCCCCGCUCCCCUCCGCUACAACCGACUUCACCCGCUCCCUCUCCCUCCCAAAACCCCCUCCACUCCCUCUCGCGCGCACACUCGCCCGCACGCGCUCGAAACCCCGCGAGUCCGCCUCGCUGGAAGAUAUUCUCCGACUCGGACUGUUGAACUCGCAGAUGCGGCGGGGAUCGGUGCUGGGACCUGCGGGAGGUGGAGGGGACGAACUGGAGUUGUUGCUUGAUGAGGGGAGCAGUCGGCUGAUGAGCGAGGAGUUGGCUAGCUCGAUCGGAGUGGGCGAUGGGGAAUUGGCUAUCGAGGCUCGCGAGGGGGAGAAGAAGGACAGCCCGUUGACGCCUUGGCGAGGAAGGGUCGUCUCGCUCGGCGGAUCGACGUCUGUCCGGAAGGCGUCGUCUCCCGGCGCGACGAGCAGCUCAGGACUGUUGGCGAGCCCGUCAUCUGGCAGCGACGCGGGACAAGGCGGUGGGAAGGUUCUCCUCCUCCGGCAGAGCACGACCGAGGCGUCCGACUUGCGGCGGCAGGUCGCCUCGCUCCUCGCUGAGGUUGAGCAGCUCAAGCGGACACAGGCUGGGCGGGACGAGGCGCAUCAGAAGGAGGAAGGCGAACGGCAAAGGGUGACGGAGUUGGAGCAGGAGCUCGAGGCGGCGAGGGACAGGGAGGAUGAGCUGCGGCGAGACUGGGAGGAAGAACGCAGAGCGAUGGAGGAGGAUCUCGCCGAACUCGCCGCUGCAGCCGCCGUCAACUCGACCACACCGACUGCCGCGGCGGACGCGUCCGACGACUCCGCCCAAGUCGCCUCCCUUUCCGCCGCGAAUCGCUCCCUCGCCCUUUCCCUCCAACUCUCCGACACAGUUCCCGCCCACCGACAGACCAGCACGUUUUACGAGGCGGUACAAGCGCGGGCAAAGAUGGAGCGGGACGAGGUGAAGAGCUCGCUCGAAGCUUUGCGGGUCAUCGCUUCGAGUCUGCGAGCGUGGGAGGGGGCUUUGCAAGUCGCGUAG